AUGACCUUCAACAAAUCAGCUUUAAGUGCUUUCAAGCGACGAGUGGCAUAUGCAAACGUGAAUUUUGACUACAUUGUUGGCUGGAGGACAUCUUCAAUUCGCCGUCCAAAUGAGCUCCCAAAGGAAAUGUUACACGGACUCGGUCAACUAUCCUGGGAACAAGUUGAUGUGAAGAUAUAUUGGUUACAUUCUGAUGGUAAUGGUAAAGAUGUUGUCUUCCACAUGAUAGAUCAUUUCUGUCUCUAG